GUGGUUUAUAUAACCUUAGACUCUCCCAUCUCAAUAGUUAACUUUUGAGAUGUGGUUCUUCUAAGGUUCGUAUCAUGAACCAGUUGGUAACCUGCAUAUUGCUUCAUUACUUGCUCUUUUGUUAUCAGAUCAUUUGGAGGGAGUGAUAGGCGAGAUAUUGUUGCAAGGACUCGCAGAAGUGUAUCUGGCUCAAAUUACCAGCAGCCUUUUGUUUGUACGUGUUUCCGCAGGACACAAUGACAGUAUUACCCCAUUCUCCAGACAGGCUUUGGAUUCUGUAUAAGAUAUUGUUUUCGCUGAUCUAUGUGAAAAAUACUUGCGUACUAUUAAAUCAAGGCGAAAUUCCAUCGUAGUUCCUGUAGUUACACUGCAGUUUGGUGUGUGUAGACACACAGCAUUGAUUCUGAAGGUAAUUGUUUUGGUUUCAACUUUUUAUGUUUCAAAUCUGUAUGUAUUGCUUCAGCUUUUAGUCCUCACAACAUGAUACAAAUUCUGUUGCUGUAGUAUCUUUGUGAUUGGGUUGAUUGAGCCUCGUGUUCCUUGUGAGCUUGUUAGGGGGUACUUGGACUUCCAACCACACGCUUGGAAUAUCAUUCUUGUCAAAAGGGGGGAUUCAUGGGUCCCGAUGGUAGUUGAUGCAUGUCAUCCUCAUGAUGUAAGAGAAGAGACAGAUCCAGAAUAUUUUUGUAGAUAUGUCCCUCCAAGUAGAUCUAAUGUUCCUCUUUCAAUUGAAGAUGUCCUUCAUUGAGCAUGUAUGAUGACAUUGAAAAGGUAGCUUCAAGUUCUGUUCGUCAAUGCAAAUUCGGAAUGCAUGAUGCUGCAGCAAAGGUUUGCUCCCUUUAAAAGUCUAGUCAUGCUGAUAUUAUAAUCUAGUAGAAAGUUUAGUGUUUAUCCUUAUUAAUUUUGUCCUUAAAGUUGUUAAUGGUAUAGAUUGUCUGUUGAUUCAUAAAGUAGUCAUGUCAUGAGCUUAUAUUAUUAAGUAUUUAACCUACUAGAUUUCUGCAUACUAGUUAUUUCGAAAUGUGAUUGGCUUUGAAACAUUCCUGCAUAGUAGAAAUGUAUGGACAUCAGAUUUAUUCCAGGUGGCUCCCUUCAGUGGAUGGAAAUCCAGAGCGUCGUGUAAUACAAUCUGCGAUUUUCAUGGAGUCUGUAAAAGGGGGAUCAUUGAAGAAUUAUUUAGAGAAGCUGUCAAGAGCCGGUGAGAAAGCUGAUGGAACUCCUGUUGUGAAGCUUUGUGACUUUGAUAGAGCAGUGCCUUUUCGCUCUUUUUUGCAUACGUGCUGUAAUUCUCAUAUGGGGAUACCUCUGCCUGAUGUUUGUGUUGGAACACCACGCUGGAUGGCACCAGAGGUUCUGCGGGCAAUGAAUAAACGUAAUAGAUACGGACUGCUAAGUUUCCUCCUGUCAGUGUAAUUUCAAGAUUUUAAUUUGAUAAUGUAGAUUGUGACCUCCGUUCUUAGAGACUAUGUACAUGCAGACA